AGAGCGAAAGCGGCAGCACGCCGCGAACACCCGCCUCCACCCCGGCCUGGAGCUCCGGCUCCCGCAGGCCGUUCCGGAGUGAGGGGCGGAGGCUGUCAUGGCGGAGGCGGGCAGAGCCGGGGCCCGCCGCCCCGUGCCCCCCCGGCCGCCGGCGGGCCGAGGCUGCGCCGUCCAGGUGUCUGUCAUCGUGCCUGUUCACAAUAGUGAAUGCUGGUUAGAUGAAUGCUUGAAGUCAGUUUGGGAACAAGAUUUUAAAGAAACCAUGGAGCUGUCAGUUUUUAAUGAUGCCAGUGAGGAUGCUUCAGCUGAAAUAAUUGAAAAAUGGAAGAUGAAGUUGGAAGAUGCUGGUGUUCCAGUAAUUGUUGGUAGCAAUGAUUCAUCUGAACCUCGAGGCGUUGGGUUUGCUAAAAAUCAAGCAGUAAUUCAGAGCUCAGGAACCUAUCUCUGCUUUCUGGAUUCAGAUGAUGUGAUGAUGCCACAGCGGGUUAGGCUGCAGCACGAAGUUGCCAUUCAACACCCAAACAGUAUUGUUGGUUGCCAAAUCAGAAGAGAGCCACCGGAGUCUACUGAACGGUAUACUCGUUGGAUCAAUAGUCUGACUGAAGAACAACUUCUUACACAGGUGUUUACCUCCCAUGGACCUACUGUGAUCAUGCCAACCUGGUUCUGUUCUCGAGAAUGGUUUUUUCAUCUGGGAAAAUUUGAUGAGGGUGGAAAGGGUGUUCCAGAAGAUCUGUUGUUUUUCUAUAAACAUAUCCAAAACGGUGGCGAAGUCUUUCGAGUAAACCAUUGCCUCCUGCUGUACCGUUACCAUCCACAGGCUGCUACUCACUCCGUCCUAGAGGGAACCAUUUGGAAUCACCGAGUCAGGUUUCUUGAAGACAGAGUCCUCAGCUCCUGGACAUCAUUCACCAUUUGGAAUGCCGGCAAGCAAGGCAAGAAGCUCUACCGAAGCUUGUCACCAGCUAAUCGGAAAAAGGUAACUGCAUUUUGUGAUGUGGAUGAAAAGAAAAUAACAAAAGGAUUCUACACUUACGAGGAAUCUGAGGAGAGACCAAAACCAAGAGUUCCAGUUUGUCACUUCAGAGACGCAACUCCUCCCUUCAUUAUCUGUGUGAAGCUGGAUUUGACAGGUGGAGCAUUUGAAGCAAACCUGAACAUGCUGAACUUGAAGGAAGGGGUGGAUUAUUAUCACUUUAACUAAAACCCAAGGUUUUGACUUGAGCUGAAGUGAAACUUGCAUUUUUUUGUUUUACUAUGACAUAAAUAUGACAGAUUUAUCCACAGAGAUAGUGGAUGUUCAGGAAGAUUUCGUUACCACUAAGCACUGCCAUACUUACCUCUGAAAAA